AGAGGGAGCGUGUGCCUCAGCACAGAGUGAGUAAAAAAAUAACCGCACAGUUGUCAACAGCUGACGUGACACACGAAGCCCGCAUUUGGUUUUGACAAGACUUUCUGAGAAAACACAUUGGACUGGACUGUUUGACUGCGUUUCUGUCGCAAAGCAAGUGUGGACAUACAAUUCUGACAGGCAAGGACACUGCUAUCACAGGGAUGUCUCCAGCCGCGUCAAUGCAGCAUGUGAGAGGACUGAUCACAUUGCUAAUAUCCGUUAUGGAUCUAUAAUUUCCCCCCGUCUUGGUAUUCACAACCUCUAAUAAAGAUUCUUCGGGGGAGAGCCGUGAGUCACUGCAUAGCCCACGGAGCCGAGCGAAAGCAAGUCCCUGCAUUCUAAUCAGAGGGGAUACGGGAGAGAGGACGCGUCUCAUUGAAAUUACAUUCAGGGCUACUUUUCUGGAUCAGUUUGACUUCCAUACUGUAGUGAGCAUCGGCCUGGACUUCGAUUGCGCCCUGGCACUAGCAGGGUGGAACAAGCGGGAUUAUACAUUGCAUUUUUAUAUUUCCCAGGCUGUCUCUGUAUAGGACGGAGGGACGCAGUACCUGGCUGUUUCAUUUGGUGGAAGCCGGAUUGUGAUGAUGCCUCGGAUGAGCCUGGGCGCUCAGCAGAAUUUAAAUUAGGUGCUCACCAGCACUGUUUGUUGUGGAGAAAAAGGGCACGAUAAAACCAUUCCGGAGGGAAAGAAGAGGACAUUUUAAUGAACGUACGGCAAAAUGACUUUAUACCUUUCUUGCAAUAAAGUGCUGUACCCUCGGUAAUUGAGUGGAUAAAUCGCUGGUUUGCCGAGCAAAUCAACAGGUCGCAGCGUAAACGCAUCGGAAUCAAGGGCGCACACGCUGAAGGGAUGUAUCUUUCUAUUUUGUUUUUCGUCUGUUUUUGGGCUCAAGCCCUAACACUGAGAAACUUGAACUACUCGGUGCCGGAGGAGCAAAAACAGAACACUAUAAUCGGUAACCUCGCCAAAGAUGCAAACAUUGACAUAAACGUAACGGGCCAAAAAUCCAACUUCAGGGUGUUGGAGAAUUCUGCCCGGCAUCUCGUAGACGUGGACCCCACGAGCGGGCUGCUGAGGACUAAGCAGCGGAUUGACAGGGACACGUUGUGCCAACGAAACCCCAAGUGCCAGCUCUCUAUGGAGGUAUUUGCCAACGACGCAGAGAUAUUCAUGAUCAAAAUCGAAAUACAGGACAUAAACGAUAAUUCCCCCACCUUUCCCAACGACGUGAUUGAUCUCGAGAUAGCUGAGAAUGCGGCGCCCGGCACGCGCUUUCCCCUGACCGCUGCAUAUGACUUGGACGCCGGGGAGAACGGGCUGAAAACCUAUCAGAUCACGCGAGACGAUUAUAGCAUCUUUUCUUUGGAUGUAAAAUCAAGAGGGGACGGAACUAAAUUCCCCGAGCUGGUGAUUCAGCGGCCGUUAGACCGGGAGGAACGCAGCCAUCACACGCUGAUCCUAACGGCUAUUGACGGAGGGGAAUAUCCCCGAUCCGGUACCAUGCAGAUUAAUGUGAAAGUUAUUGAUUCUAAUGAUAACAGCCCGGUGUUUGGGCAGCCUUCCUAUGUGGUAGAGGUUCCCGAGAACACCCCCACCGGAAGAGUAUUGAUAGAUUUAAAUGCCACAGACCCCGACGAAGGCAGCAACGGGCAGAUAGUUUAUUCAUUUAGUGGCUACACGCCAGACCGGAUCAGGGAACUGUUCUCUAUAGACCCCGAAACAGGUGUCAUAAAGAUUCAGGGGAAAAUCGACUAUGAGGAAAACCCAAUUAUAGAGAUUGAUGUCCAGGCAAAGGAUCAAGGGCCCAAUCCCAUCCCUGGCCAUUGUAAAGUCACUGUUAAAGUGGUGGACAGGAAUGACAACUGGCCGUCCAUCAACUUUGUGUCGGUGCGACAGGGGGCCAUCAGCGAGGCGGCGCCCCCGGGGACGGUCAUCGCCCUGGUCCGCGUCACCGACAAGGACUCGGGCCGCAACGGCCAGCUGCAGUGCCGCGUCCUGGGCAACGUGCCGUUCAAGCUGGAGGAGAACUCCGACAACUUCUACACGGUGGUGACGGACAAGCCUCUGGACCGCGAGCUGCAGGACGAGUACAACAUCAGCAUCCUGGCCAAGGACAACGGCAACCCGCCGCUCAACUCCACCAAGUCCUUCACCGUCAAGAUCCUGGACGAGAACGACAACGCGCCUCACUUCACUAAGCCCGUCUACGUCAUGCAGAUUUCUGAGAACAACGUGCCCGGCGAGUACAUGGGCUCGGUGCUGGCUAUCGACCCGGACCUGGGCCUGAAUGGUACCGUGUCCUAUGUCCUGUUACCCUCCAACGUCAGCAGCGACUCCAUCCAAACCUUCGUCGGAGUCACGGCUUCGACAGGCGCCAUAUACGCCCUGCGAGCCUUCAACUACGAGCAGACCAAGUACUUUGACUUCAAGGUGCUGGCUAAGGACUCCGGGUCACCGCACCUGCAGAGCAACGCCACGGUGCGCGUCAACAUCCUGGACGUGAACGACAACGUGCCCGUCAUCGUGCUGCCUCUGCUCCAGAACGACACGGCGGAGAUCCACGUGCCGCGCAACGUGGGCAUCGGCCACAUCGUCACCACGGUGCGCGCGGUGGACAACGACUCCGGGGAGAGCGGCCGGCUCACCUACGAGAUCGCCGAGGGCAACGAGGAGCACCUGUUUGAGAUGGACCCCGUCACGGGCGAGGUGCGCACCGCCCACCCGCUCUGGGAGGAGGUGUCCCCCGUGGUGGAGCUGGUGGUGCGCGUCUCGGACCACGGCAAGCCCUCCUUCGCCGACAACGCCAAGCUGAUCGUCAAGGCCUACUCGGGCGCGCUGCCCGAGGGCGAGCCGCGCAUCAACGCCGAGCGGCACGGCUGGGACAUGUCCCUCCCGCUCAUCGUGACGCUCAGCAUCAUCUCCAUCAUGCUGCUGGCCGCCAUGGUCACCAUCGUGGUCAAGUGCAAGCGCGAGAACAAGGAGAUCCGCACGUACAACUGCCGCAUCGCCGAGUACUCGCACCCGGGGACGCUCGGCAAGGGGAAGAAGAAGAAGAUCAACAAGAAUGACAUCAUGCUGGUGCAGAGCGAGGUGGAGGAGAGAGACGCCAUGAACGUCAUGAACGUGGUAAGCAGCCCGUCGCUCGCCACCUCGCCCAUGUACUUCGACUACCAGACGCGGCUGCCCCUCAGCUCCCCCAGGUCGGAGGUCAUGUACCUCAAGCCGGCGGCCAACAACCUGCCCGUGCCCCAGGGGCCGGUGGGCUGCCACACCAGUUUCACCAGCCCUGUCACCAGCACCACCGAGACGCCUACCAAUAGGAUGUCCAUCAUUCAGACAGACAAUUUCCCCGCUGAGCCCAAUUACAUGGGGAGCAGGCAGCAGUUUGUUCAAAGCAGCUCCACCUUCAAGGACCCCGAGCGUGCCAGCCUGCGUGACAGUGGCCAUGGCGACAGUGACCAGGCGGACAGUGACCAGGACACCAACAAGGGCUCGUGCUGUGACAUGUCCGCCAAGGAGGCGCUCAAGCUGAAGGCUUCGGGGCCCAAGACGCAGCUCAUGGAGCAAGCCACUGAGGAGGAGUGUGUGAACUGCACGGACGAGUGCCGCGUGCUGGGCCACUCGGACCGCUGCUGGAUGCCCCAGUUCCCAGCGCCAGGGGGAGGCGGCACGGCGGGCAACGGCCAGGCCGAGGGCUCCGACUACCGCACCAACGUCUUCGUGCCCGCCGGCAUGGAGUCCGUCGUGGUGGAGAGCGAGAGCUACGAGUCCAUCAACAACCCCAACGGCACCGGCAAGAAGACCUUCUGCACGUUCGGCAAGGAGCGCCGCGACCACACCAUCCUGGUGGCUAACGUCAAGCCCUACCUGAAGGCCAAGCGUGCGCUCUCCCCGCUCCUCCAGGAGGUGCCCUCGGCCUCCUGCAGCCCCACCAAAGGCUGCUGCGUCUCCUCCAACUCCCCCUCGGCCAUGGGCGCCACCACCGCCGCCGUGGGCUCCUCCACCUGCUCCCCGUCCUCGUCCGCCUCGGCGGCCAUCUGCAAGGCGCCAGGCGACGGAGCUGAGGGGCUCCCCAGCACCAGCCACCACCACCAGCUGUGCGCCGGGGUCGGGGUGCCCGAGGGCCAGUACCUGUCGCCCAGCAAGCACGGGCGGGAGCAGCACGGGGGCUCGGUGGCCGACCCCGUGGCCAAGGUGCUGGCGGAGGCGCGGUCGCGCAUCAGCCAGGAGGUGGGUCUGGACGGGGACGGCGGAGUGGGAGUGGUCAGCGUGGGCGUCGGAGGGGAGAGGGUGAGCCGACAGGGGGACGGCAGCGGGAUGGACGCGGAUCAGGUGGUGCGGGACAUCGACAAACUGCUGCAGGACUGUCGCACCAACGAGGGCACGCCGAUCAGGAAGUAGAGGUAUAAAUACGAUGACGAUGCGAGAGACAUGGACACGACCCGGGAUUGAGGAUUGAGGAUACGCGUUCACACGUUCGACGUGGACGUUACUCGGAAGCCAUUUUUGACCCCCCAACCUUUUUUCGUAUACAAAAACCACAAAAAAAACAACUCAAAAACAAAACGGAGGAUAAAUGUAAAAAGGGAAUCACUGGACUUGUAGUGAGAACCUGUGAGAAAGCGAAGCGCAAGGUGGAUUUGAACUGAUGAAAGUCUUCAGUACAGUAUAACAUGGGACCUAAAGUAACCUCCUGGGUUCAAGGACUCCACCAAAGGCACACAUAAACACACUUACCAGAGUGAGGCCACAGGGUUCUCGCAAUGAAAAAGACCCUGACGCCCAACCCUAGCAAGCUCGCAGGCAAAGCUCGCAAGCCAGCAAGAGGACAAAUAGAAAGAAAUUAAAUGCCACUGCCUCCAGAAACACUUUCAGGGGUGCGCCAUUUCAAAACAGAAAAACCCUGACAAGUUUUGGAGGUGAACGGGAGGGGAGAGGGGAGACGAAACACGGAGAGAAAACACUUUUAUGAGACUGGAGCUGUUGUUUGUGAGUGUUUGUGGACGCUCUCUCUAGCAGCAGCUGAGGAGAGGGGGGAGAAAAAAAAACAUACUCCGAAAUUUUCACACGGCCUCUGACUCCUCUGACUUCGACAGGCUCCUUUUGUUGCAAGCUUUUUUCUUCAAGUGCCCACCAGCUCAGAACUGUUCCUCUGCCGUGUGUGUAUGCGAUUCUGUUGUGAAUGUCUGUGUAUAUAUGUAUGUGUGUGUGUGUGUGUGUGUGUGUGUGUGUGUGUGUGUGUGUGUGUGUGUAUGAGUGUGUGAGAGACGACCCCACGACGUGGUGCCCACAGGCCUCCACGGAACAGACUGCUUGGCCUUUUGCUCAGGACGCAGAAGCGGAGCUGUGACUAUUGAUGUAGACUUAUGGCCACAACCCUUUUUUUGUAGACUCUGACAAUCGCAGCCAAGCGGUGAGGCAUUCGGACCACACACAUCAAAAGCUGCGCAGACUCAGACAGAGACUGGAACACACGUACACACAGAUACAAACACGUACACACACACACAAACACACACACGCACACACAAACCCACAUACGGUACAGUACACCCCCACACCUUCACACACAUAACUGUAAACACACGCUAUCUUUUUUCUGACUUUGUAAUAUCGGUGUUUGAAGUGCAAAUGAUAUCUGGACACA